AUGGGCGACCCAGGGCCACCAAAGAUCAGUAACCAUGAUCUUAUCAGCUCCUACUUCAUUGGGCCCAAGUCUGAGAAUCUGGAACCGUUCAGCGAUAAUAUUGCAGUCAUCCUAGAGCAGCUUAAGAAGACUCGUGACAGCUACGGUGAGGAUGAGGCAUUCAUCUCCGACACGGCCCGACAAAAGUUAGGGCCGGUCUACAAGAAAUUCCAGGAGGCUGUCAAAAAGACUGCUGCGCUUUUGGGCGAGCAUUCAAUCCCUUUCUGGCACCCCCGCUAUCAAGGCCACAUGUGUACGGACAUGACUAUGCCAGGUCUCCUAGGCUAUUUCAUGACGAUGAUCUAUAAUCCGAACAAUGUGGCCGUCGAGGCAAGUCCAUUCACCACAGUCGUGGAGCUGAAGGUGGGACAGCAACUAUGCGAAAUGUUUGGAUAUAAUAUACAUGAAGAAGUCACACACUUGCCUCUGUCUUGGGGUCACAUCACCUGUGAUGGGACUGUGGCCAAUCUUGAAUCCAUUUGGGUUGCCCGCAAUCUCAAGUUCUACCCCCUUACGUUGUAUCAGGCUAUGAAGGAAGGACCUCUUGGCUUCAUAGCGAACGAUUUCCAGGUGACCACCUGUGUUGGAGAAGAGAAGUUGUUCAAAGACCUGGGCGUCUGGGAACUGCUCAACCUCCAGCCCGACGUCAUCCUGGACAUGGGAGAUGCUCUCUAUAGACAGUUUGGUGUCACCUCGAAGUUCCUCGAACAGGCCUUGACGCCAUUUACCAUCCAAACGACUGGCAAGGACGUGCUAGAGCGCGAGUUUCGUAUCACGAAGCCCGCCAAGUAUUUCCUUGCGCAAACACGGCAUUACUCGUGGCCCAAAGGCGGUGCGAUCGCUGGCAUUGGGUCUGCCAACAUGCAGGGCGUGGAGCUCGACAUGGAGGGUCGCAUUUCUCUCGACGCUCUCGAGCGAGAGCUGAAUCGCUGUCUCGAAGAACGUCAGGCUGUGUAUGCAGUCGUGGCCGUCAUUGGAACAACGGAAGAAGGUGGGGUGGAUCGAUUGCAUGAGAUCCUGGCCAUGCGUCGUCGGUUCCAGGACCGGGGACUGUCAUUCUUGGUGCAUGCGGACGCUGCCUGGGGUGGUUACUUUGCCAGCAUGAUCCCCCGGAAGAUGAUGGACCCGACUAAGCCCAGCGACGAUAAUGAUGGAAAUACCGCGGUGGACGAGGUCCCCUCCUUAGCGUUGAGGCAGGACACGCUCACCGAUAUGAUCGCACUCAAGGAGGCCGAUACCAUCACGGUGGACCCCCACAAGGCGGGCUACAUCCCCUAUCCCGCGGGCAGUUUGUGUUAUCGGGAUGGUCGCAUGCGGUUUUUGGUCACUUGGACCAGCCCAUAUCUGACGCAGGGGUCGACGGAGAAUAUCGGCGUCUAUGGGGUUGAGGGCAGCAAGCCCGGUGCCGCAGCCAUGGCCGCUUGGAUGUCCAACCAGACAAUCGGCCUCAGUCCCAGCGGAUAUGGUCGUCUCUUGGGCGAGGCAGCCUUUACCAGUGCGCGGCUAUCCGCCUGGUACGCCGCCAUGCACGUUGACCAGCCGGGCUGGAAGGAAAAAAAGCCGUACUAUAUUAUCAUUCCCUUCAACCCGUUGCCAAUCGAGAAGGACGGCAAAGGCACCUUGAGCGACGAGGUUAACAGCCGUCGAGAGUGGAUCCUCAAGAAUGUGAUUGAGAAGAGCAAUGAUGAAAUCAGUAAGGAGAAGGAGAUCAUGGAUUGGCUGCGCAAUAUUGGCUCCGACCUCAAUAUCAACGCCUUCGCGAUCAACUGGUAUGAUGAGCAGGGCAACCUCAACACGGAGUUGGAAGAAGCCAACUAUCUGAUGAGGAGAGUGGUGAACCGAUUGUCCAUCACCACCACCAAGGGCAAGCCCGAGAAGCCAUUACUGUUCCUGACUUCAACGCAGUUCGAGCCAGCCUUGUACGGCCAAUGUGCUCAGAAUUUCAUGCGGCGUCUCGGACUCGCUCCCUGCGCGCAGGAUCUUUGGGUCUUGCGAAAUGUUGUGAUGAGCCCCUUCCCUACCACCAGAGACUUCAUCACGAAGCUUAUGAAGGAGGAACUCGAGAAAGUGAUCAUUGAGGAAGUGAAACACUGUCGCACGCGGAACAGCCGCGAGCAGAAGGAACUCGAGUUCCUUCUCCGGGGAACCGAUGAAGUCUUCCUGGAUUUCCAGACGAGUUUCCACCGCGCUACACAGCGCGAGCAGAUCAUCUUAGCCGCCACGCUGGAGUCGGACACACAAGAGGCCUACAAAGCGCUCAAGAACAGAUUUUCGGCCCAGGACAUUGUGUUCAAGUCCAAGGAGUCCCAGAAUCUCGAGGAGUUGAUCACGAAAAUCAAGAAAGAAGCACUCAAGAUAGAUGGCGUUAUUGGCGCCCGCGAGGGCGACACGUUCAUCGGCAAUCCUAUCCAAUGUACCGUGGAGAUGACUCGUGUUGUUAUAAGUCGUCCUUUGAACUCGGCUAAUCGCGACGACCACUAUCCACGACACUUUAUGCCAUUCUAUUUGUACGGCUCCGAGGACCAGUACCAUAUCUCGCAUAUGCUGCUACAGGCACCUAACGUGAACCUGUCUGCCUCUAAUGUCAAACUCGACAAGGAGCUCCUCAAGAAAGUGCGUCCUCGGCUGCGCAACCACAAAGCUCUGAUCCUCACCUUAACGGGCUACCGCGAGGAAACGAUGCAUCCAUUCCCACCGACGAACAACGAUCCUGUCCUCUUGAGUAAGGACUUUUUCUUCCGUCCGGACAAGGUCUUCAACGUUAAAGUCUACGAGGAUCCCAAGGCGGACGAUGCCAAAGGCCCGGGAUUAAUUGACAACCUCGGCACCCCUAUUGCACGAGGAACGAUGACAUUGCGCGCGGAUGUGCAUGUCGAUGUGGAGACGCUCAAUCGAGACCCGCUGGAAACGAAGGAGGAGGGCGUUAGGUGGGAUACCAAGUUGGACGAGAUUAAAGAUGCUUUCGAGGAGGGCCGCAAGAUGGCAUCCGGCAUGGCGCCCCAAGCUGGGGUGUAG